AUGCCGAUAGGUAAGCUGCGCCAGUCCAAUCGACGUCCUCAAUUCAAGCGCGUGCUCGUCGGCGGCAGACGUGUAUCGACCAUCGACCCUGCCGCCUCGCACCGCGCCUGUUCGCCGUCAACUUCCCUGCUCCUGGCACACGACCAUUUUGACCAGAGCUCCGCUCCACGUCCGGCCCAUCCCACUGCAAAUCAUUAUUAUUGUUCAACAGAUUGGCAACACAGGCUAAGUAUUCGUCGUGCAGGCUACAACUCUGGCGAUUGCGGAUACUGCAAGGCUGCCGAUUCCAGUAGGCGAACUCAAGAUUCUCGUGCGUUUCCUGCGUCUCGCUCUUGCUCUUGCUCUUGCUCUUGCUCUUGCUCUUGCUCUUGGCCGUGCUCGUGCUCUUGCUCGUGCUCGUGCUCUUGCCCUUGAUCUCCUUUGCCGCCGGCCGUUUAGCUUUCCUGCUGCGUUUCCAUUCACCCACAUCGCUGAUCCCUUGGCUGAAUCCCUGUAACACCCCACGCUGCCUCACUUACUGUGCACCUAUGCCCCCGAGACAAGCGCUGGCCGGAGUUGUUUCUAACACUCAGGCCUAGGUGCCUCUUACUAUGCGAAAGCGAACGUCCUCAGCCCUGACCAUUAUCAGGCUCUUAUGGACAGGGGAUGGAGACGAUCUGGAAGUCUGCUUUACGUGCCCGAUGUAUCUCGAUCAUGUUGUCCGCAUUACACAUUAAGGUGAGACUGUGAUUGUACGGAUCUGCCAAUCCAACACUCACUCAUGGUCCAGGUUACCGGCCAAGGCUUUCAAGCCUACGCGUGAUCAACGACAUGCUCUCAAUCGAUGGAACCGUUUCGUGCUGGGUGAAGAAUGCAUCAAGCAAGUCAAUCGCAAGUUCCCCAAGACCAAAGAGUGAGACAGUUCUUGGGCUCCAAAUCUCGCAUCAGGCUCUGAUUAUAACAGGGAGAAGAAGCAUCAGAACAACACAUUCGACUUGACGGCGACCGUUCACGAAGCCGAAUUGCCCAAUUUGAAGCCUGGUAUCGAUCCUCAGCAUCGAUUCGAAGUGAAUUUGGAGCCUGAUAAGUUCACCGAGGAGAAGUUUGCACUUUUCGACAACUACCAACGUAAUGUGCACCAUGAGGGCGAUAGCGACAUCAGCCGGUCGGGAUUCAAACGGUUUCUUUGCGCUUCGCCGGUGACGAGACGAAUAGAGAGUACCGGCAAACAGAUCGGUAGCUACCACCAAUGCUACCGAUUGGAUGGACGUCUGAUCGCCAUGGCUGUCUUGGACCUGCUGCCCCAUGCCGUGAGCGGUGUCUACCUCAUUUACCACAGUGACUUCGAGAAAUGGUCGUUCGGAAAGCUCUCCGCGCUACGAGAAGCUGCUCUUGCGCUGGAGCAAGGCUAUCAGUACUAUUACAUGGGCUAUUACAUCCACAGCUGCAAGAAGAUGCGGUACAAAGGAGACUACAAGCCGCAAUACGUGCUCGACUACAACAAUCUCGAAUGGGAUCCAUUGGAUGAUGAGAUGAGAAACCUUAUGGACCGACGAAAAUAUGCCAGGUGCGUUGCCGAAUUUGCACGAAAGAAAGACCGAGCAGGGGCUGAUAUCUCCCAAGUAUGUCCAAGGAGCGUGCGAGAAAAUCUCACAAACAGCAUUCGGAAUCUGCACAUUCAGAGCCGGGAGCUUCAGAUUUAGAUCAGGAAGAGGCAGUCCCAUUCCCAACACCACUCAAAGCCAUCGAAUCUGGACUUUCGCUCCUUCAGCUCGGCGUACCAGGCAUUCUAUCCCUGUCCCAGCUGCACGAACAAGUCGAUCUCGACCGGAUGAAAGUGCAAAUCGCGCGACCUAGCGCCCACGAGAUGCGGGUAGGUUACCCAAGGUCCUCCUCUCGGAUCCUCGACCACGUUGCCGCCCAGAUUCGCACGCUGACCUGCACUAGGAUAUUCAGCAGUGGCAUGCAGGCGAUGAGCUCGACCAUAGCACACUGAAAGGCGUCUUCGCGGAAUUCGCGGCCGCCGUCGGCCCUGUGGUCGCGAGGGAGGCCGUGGUGGAUUUCUCCCGUUGA